AUGGUCGGCCGCGCUCAGCACUCGUCGCGGUUCGAGCGCGCUCUGGUGCACGCGCUCGAGCGCGGCGGCCCGUGCCUCACGAAGCUCGGCCAGUGGGCCUCCACGCGACCCGACGUGCUGCCCGCCUCGCUCUGCGCGACGCUCGGCGAGCUCCACUCGAGGGCGGGCGCGAGGGCGUGGACAGGCGAGCUGCACUCGAGAGUCGAGCCGCACGCGCUCGAGCUCUCGCGCGCCGCGAUCUCCGCCUCCUUCGGCGCCACCGCGCCCGCCGAGGAGCUGCUGGGAAGCCUCUCUGCUGCGCCCCUCGGCUCGGGCUGCAUUGCGCAGGUGCUCCACCCGCAUGUCGAGCGGCAGGUCGCUGACGACCUCUACCUGCUUCGCGGCGCGUGCGGCGCCUUCGAGCUCCUCCUCUCCCCUCUGCUGCCUGGCCUGCGCUGGCUCGCCCUUCCCCAGAUGGUCGACGAGUUUGCGGCCUUCAUGCGGUCCCAGCUCGACCUGCGGCUCGAAGCCCGCAACCUCGACGCCUUCCGCGCGAACUUCGCCGUCGACCCUCGCGUGGAGGUGCCGCGGCCUCUGCGCGAGGAAGGGCUGGUGGCGCGGAGGGUGCUCGUCGAGACGCUGCUGCCCGGGCAGACCCUCUCCUCCCUGCUCGAGGAGGACGCCGCCGCGGCGGAGGGGGAGGCGGCCGCGCUGCUCGCGGCGGACGAGGCGGCGGCCGAGGCGAUGCAGGCUGCGGGGAUGGGCGCCGCGAGCAGCGCGGACGCGAGCGCUGCCGUCCGCGCGGCGGCGGAGCUCGAGGCGCGCGGCGCGGCGCGGGAGGCGCGGAGAAGCGAGCUGGCGAGGCUCGGGCUGCGCACCUUCCUUACUAUGGUGCUUCGGCACAACUUUGUCCACGCCGACCUCCACCCGGGCAACAUCCUCGUCCUGCCGGCCGGCGGCGAGGGCGGCGGAGGAGGCGCGGGGGAGGUCAGGCUCGGCAUUAUCGACGCUGGCUUGGUCGUCGAGCUGACCGAGCGGGACCGGCGCAACUUCCUCAGCCUCUUCAAGGCCAUCGGGCAGGGCGACGGCGAGCUCGCGGGCGACCUGAUGCUGCGCCACGCGCGCGAGCAGCGCUGCGACGACCCCGCCGCCUUCCGGCGCGGGAUGAGGAAUCUCGUCGAGAGCGCGCGCGCGGGCGAGCGCGGCGCCUUCAACUUGCGCCACCUCAAGGUGGGCGAGGUUCUGCUCGAGGUGACCAGCCUCGUGCGCACGCACCACGUGCAGCCCGACCCCGUCUUCACGACCCUCGUCUGCGCGAUCGUCGUCCUCGAGGGGCUGGGUAGGCAGCUCGACCCCACCCUCGACCUCUUCUCGGUGGGCUUGCCGCUGCUGGUAGGAGCGUGACGGCGGGCGGCGGUGUGCGGCGGGCGGCGGUCGCGGGUCGGCGCGAUGCAGUGUGGCUGCAGGCGCACUCUUGCCGACUAAGGGUGCACUUAAAUUUGCGUUGGCCGCAUUUUUACUUGUAGUUGUAC